AUGCAUAUACUUUGCCCACUGGUCCAACUGGCCCAACUGGUCUGUACAUUAUCUGCAAAAAUUACACGUUGGCCACCUUUUCGCCUUAGGGAUGCAGCAAAUGUUGGGCCCACUUGGGUCCAGCCUCCUGUCGGCUUCUCUCGGUCCCUUCUGGCGUGGCCUGAUCGUCUCAAGGGAGACCUGAAGCAGACUAUGUCUUCUCUCGCCUCAUUCCUUCCGCUAGGCUGCGUAUGA